AUGAACAAAUUUACUUUGUUUUUCAUAGACAAAAGAAUUGAAACUCUAUAUUAGGCUGAGUCACUUUCAUAAAUAAGAAUUUAGCAUUUUAAUCUUCUCACUAAAGGAUACAUAGCUGCUUUCUUUUUCAGAUGCUUAUCAUUUUUAAUAAAUAGUGAUUUAAAUAGAUUUUAUCCUAACCUAUCAAUGCUGAUAUUCUUUAUUUUAUUAUAAACAUUUCUAAAAAGAAGCACUUUAAGUUUAAGAAUACUUUCUGUAAUAGCAAAUCACGUUUUGACAAUCUUUUUUUACAUAUAUGAUGAAGAAAAUGAUGCAGCUCUAUCACAUCUUAAAGGGAUUAACUAAAUGGGAUCUUGCUUUAUCAUAACAAUGGGAAAUGAGUUUCCAGAGGCUUUAUUUUAAGUUUUUUCAUUAUCAUCGAUAAGAAUUUUUUUUGUUUUGCAUUAAUCAUAAACACUAAGCCUAUACCCAAUUACAAAUCUCCUAAUUGUCUCUAUAUUUUAUUUAUUUUUUCAUUACAAAUACAAUCAAGCAAUGAGAGCACAAUUUAUGUUAUUAUAAAAAGACAGUUAAUGGGAAAGAAUAUUAACAUAGUUGAUAAAUAAGGAAUGUUAUAUCAUAAUAAAUUUCAAUGAAAAUUCUUUUUAGUUUGAGUAUUUAAUGGCAAAUAAUGCUUUUAAAGGAUUAGAGAAUAAAGAUUAAAUUUUUAAUUUUUUAAAAGAAGCUUAAUAUGAAAAGUAAUCUUUAAAUAAUUUUUUAUAUUAAUAGAUAAAACUAUAUCACAAAAAUAGAAUAGAUCUUUGUAGAUAAGAGAUACUCAUUAAAUAUCAAAGAGAAUAAGUUAAAUUAGAAUUUUCUAUAUUCUUUGCAAAUUAACCAACUAUUUUAUUAGUUUUUCUUAAACCUAAGUUAAUGUUAGUAAAUAACUCAGAAAAUUUCAAUAACAAAGUUAUUUCUUAAUAUUUAUUAAAAGUACUGAAAUGUUUAAAAAACAAGUACAAAUCAAAACCAUCUUAUUGUAAUUUUAUGUAAAAAAUUCGAUUGGUGGAAAUCUAUGGAAAUCUGUAAAGUGAUUGGUAAACUAAAAUUUAAGAAAUAGAUCUUUGGAAUGUCAUUUCAGAAUAAGUAAAAUAUUUUCCAAAAAUUAACGUAAUAUAUAAUUCAAUUACUCUAAUAAUAUUUUAAACAAAUCAAGAUAUUUUAAGUUUAGUGCUAUUCAAAAUCUUUUCAAAUACUAAUACUUCUUUGAUUAUAUUAAAAUAUUAGUUUCUUGAAGAAGAUAGGAUUUAAUUAAACUUUAGUGGGAGUUUUAAUGAGAAAGCGAUUCAUUCAUUUUUUAUGUUAAAUGAGGAGCAUUUAAUUAGAUUUGUCGAAUUAAGGCAUGUAACAAAUUAUAGUAAAAAUCAUUGAUAUAAAAUUAGGUAUUGAAAUUUGCUUCGAGAAAUUGCCGUCUAUAUCUUUUACUGGUAAUCAAAUAAAUUAACAAAAUCUUAAUAAUCAAUUGUGA